UAUUACUGCAGCAGUCAUAGUGUUAGAGAGCGCGGAGAGGGGGGAGGGAGAGAGGAGAAUGAAAAUUCGUAGCUAAAAACCCGCGAGAGAAAGAGCGAGAUAGGAGUACACAUUAUAGCACACACUGCUCUCCCUACUCCUUCCUCCGACGUUUCUUUCACUUUCGUCGCGUUUGCCCGGACGAAGCUGGCGCGUGUAUUUUCGUCGUGUGACAGGUGUGUGUCGCAAGUAGCGCAGUGCGUGUGCACCAGUACGGCGUAUAGCCGUGUAUAUAUAAUAGAUAUAGUCGAAAAGGGACGAAGGAGAGCGAAAAAAGAGAAGAGGCGCGCGAGGGGAGGUAAAGAAUAUACACAGUAGAGUGUAUAUGUAUACAUAUAUACUUGUAAGGAAGGGAUGUGUAAAAGGGCCGAGUGAGGGCAGAAUGGUAGUUGCGAGCUGCUGGGCGAGGGCUCGAGUGGCAGCAUCGACCGGGACUACGAGUACUCGCAGCUGCGCCCAGGGCGGAGCUUCCUCUUCUCCGGUGCUGUAGCUGCUGCUGCUGCACCACCAGCCAUGACCUAACCUCUAUCUCUUUCUCCGUCUCUCUCUUUCUAUCUCGACUGUUUAUCAUCAAUUUUAUAAACAAUUCCCGUCCGAUAGGAUCACCUAUCCGCGGUUCCGAAAGUGUUGCAGUGCUGAUAUCACAGGAACAGCUUCGUGCUUUCGCAUCAGCUGCAUGGCUGGCUUCGCUAUUUGUUCUCCGCUGCAGCCGACUUAGACGACAGGCAUUUAAAUGGUCGAAGGUGUUAUUAUGGCCUCCGCGACCAUGAGCAGCGUGCCACUGCAAAGCACCAAAGCUGUGCCCAGCAGCGCGGGUAUCAGCAAGGUCCUGUUAACAGGCUCAGUUCGCAGACUCUUCAAUCAGCCAAAUAUUGUCAUCCACGCUAUUCCUCGUAACAAUUCACCCACAGCUUUUAAAAUGGUCAGCUCAAGCUCUUAUCCACACAACAAAAGUGAGAUUAAUGGAGAGUAUCAAUUACCAGACAAACCUGGUGUAUCCAUUCAAGUAAUUAAUCCGAGCAACGAAAAAGAUGAUGAGGAAGAGUACCUCUUACCAUCUAAAAACAAUGGAAAGUCUGAGAUUUUAUUAGUUCCUAUAGUUAGGAAAAGAAAAGCAUGUGGUCAUUUUGAGCCCUGUGAGAGCUUAGUUAUCACUCCGCUUAUCUCCAUUAAUAUUACUGAAGAUGAGAUAGAUGCUAAAGUCACAAGACACUGUCAGAAUAAAAAAUGUGAUGCCCUUAGUAUAGAUCAUGACCGAUGUCGUAGAGCUUCAAUUCGAUUACACCAUUGUGAUAAAUUUAUGAUAUGUGAUACGUGUGAAAUUACGUUUAAAACUUGUAAAGCUCGCUUGAAUCAUAAAAAAUGCAGAAGGAAAAGAGUUGUAGAUUACCAGCAUAUUAAUGUCAAUCCUAACGAUGUAAAAAAGAUUCGAAUGCGCGAACGGGAAUUACAAAUGUCAAAAGAACUAGAAUUAAAAAGACGUAGUAUGAUGAAAAUUACGCCCACUUGCAUAAAUCAAUUGUCAAUCCUCAAAGGAAAUGAUGAACUUAUAAUCACACCUAUCUUACCUCCUAAAACUUCAUUGCUAAAUUUCAUCCCUGCAAACAAUAAUAACAGUAAUAUUAACAACAAUAAUAAUAGCAUUAAAGAAGUUCUUGGAAAUAAGAGAAAGCAUGUUGAAGAAAUUGAUAUGAAAUUAACUUCUGAAAAGAUAUCUGAAAUUAUUUUAACAUGUAAAAAAACAAUUGAUUCCCAAAAACAAAAUGAAAAGCUUGGUUCAACACCACUAAAGCAAAUUAAAUUAGCUGAUCACUUAAAUGGAGCUACUGUUAACAUUAGAGAUACCCCAAAUAUACCAAAUCAGCCAUGCAUUAAAUUGACUGAAAUGUCAACAAGUAGUGUUGAUUCUGUUUUAAUGAAAAAUCAGCAGCAAAAACCGCAAAUCGUCAAUACAGAUUUGAUAAUCAAUAAUCUUAAUGCAACAGAACAAGAACCAGUAGCCAAUGUCCCAGAGCCUGACAAAACCGUAGGCGUCGAAUCUUUGAAGCAGUUAAGCGUUAACAAUUGGGUAAUGUCCAGUCAGUCAUUCGCGACGCCCUACAAAGUCGUGCCCAUCGCGGAAUUAAAGUCUGAACCAUCGAUGCUUCACCAUACCCAAGGGUUGCCAAAGUUCUGUGUCGUACCGGAUAGUGAUACCCCGCCGAAAUCGACAGCACGACUAGUACCACAGCAGAUGAAAAAAUCGGAAUCAAAACUGGCGCCAAAGUUACCGAAGACAGCACCAAAGGUCAUAUCGGAACAAGCUCCGAUUCUGAACUCCGGCAAAUUCCGUCCGCUGCAGCCAGCUUUGGCUGGUAACGUGCGCAACGUAGAAGAGAAACUGACCGACCCAUUGUUAAACAAGGCUCAAAAACGACGACGACGCAAGAAAAAUUCAAAGAAAGGCAAGUUCAGUUGCUCAGUUUGCUCGAAGAAAUUUAGCUCGUCAAAAUACUGCGAACAGCAUGAGAAAAGUCACAGUAAUAGUGAUCUUCAACUAUCCUUUUUCUGUAAAAUAUGCGACAAGGGCUUUCCAUCGAAACUUAUUAUGAAUAAACACAUAGUCGGCGACCACAAGCCCGGACAAGUGCGAUGCGAGAUGUGCGAUGAGGUCUUACCAUCUCUGCAGGAGCUCCUCAAACACAUGAAGUCUCCAGAGUCCAAAGUUAACCGUAAGUGCUCCGAUUGUCCGAAAUCUUUUGAUACGUGUAGUAGCUUAGAUUUUCACAUAAAAAAGGAGCAUGGUUUCGUUAUUUGCGGAUUGUGCAAGCGUCAGGUCGCUGAGAGCAAAUUCAAACGGCACUUGAUGCUGGAGCACAGUAUUUCGAAAAAUCGGUUAGAAAAUUCGAUCCAAAAACUAAGCUGUCCUCCUGACGGGAAUGAAGACGUCCGUGAAGUAAAUUUAAUUAGCGAAUCCACAGUCGUGGCAAAAAGUGUCUCAAAGACCGAGCCCGUUAACGAAAAUAAGGCCGAGAUGGACUGCAUAGCUAAAAAUCGGUCAGUCAGAAGAAGAAGUUCUAAAGAAUUUUUCGUAUGUACUGUAUGUGAACGACGUUUCGAGUAUGAAAGGCAGUACAGUAUACAUUUAGCUACUAACCCGAUGAAAUUCACGCUCUGUCCGAAUUGCGGUAGAAAAUUUCAUAAAAAAACUGACUAUACAGAGCAUAGUAAAACUUGCCCUCGGAAUACUUUAGUACCAGUUAAUACAACUCCUAAAGGAAGAAAGUCAAGUGCUGCAAAUGAAGAAAUCAACUUGAAGAGCGACAAUGAUAAUAAAUCUAGGAACAGUAUUGACCAAAAACGAAACGAAAAAUUAGAUUCUAUUAAUUGUAUAAAAAUUAAAUCGAAUAAAGUAAUUGUACAGAAAAUUCAAGUCAAACGCAUCUUGAAGACUGCUGUUGAAGAUAAAAUUACGAAUGGUUUAAAACCAAAUUCUAAUGAUUGUUUGGAUAAAUUAAAAAUUAUAGAAGUAGAUAGUAAUAGUCAAAAGAAUGAAGUCUAUGAUGUUAUUGAUUGUGAUGAUAAAGAAGAUUUACUGUUGAGCUCAAGUGAGUCGUUGCAAACAAAUUCUAAUGGAUUCGCAGAAUUUGACAAUUCGAUGGCUGUGUCAAGCAUCCAUCAAGAUCACAAUUAUCAAGCAGUACAAUGAUGUGUAUAAACGUUAGCUUUUAAUUUUUUGCAAUGCAAUUAUUUUAAACAGUAUCUUUAUUUAAUAUUAUGUUUUUUUUUUUUAACAAUGCAUACGACACUGUGCAUGUUUUUUAAAAGUGAGAUAAAGUGUGCAAAUUUUAUUUUUAAAGUUUUAUUAGAAACAUAUUACAUCUCUUAUGUGAAUCUAUGUGAACUCGAUUGCACGACGUGAAAAUGAUAUAUUCUCUGUGAUAGAGUCAGACAUUCGCUGGUAAUGUUAAAACGUUCAUUUAAUUUGUAUUUUUUUUUAUUGUGAAGCAAAUAUUUAAGUUAAAAGCGGAAUAGAUCGUUUUAUACUCUUUAAUUUAUAGAACAUAUAUUUAAUACAUAAAUAUAUAACAGCAAUGAAGAUUCUGCAAAAAACGAAGAUUCUUUUCUACUGUAACAUUAUUUUAAUACAUGGCAUGUGCUCAUUAUUAACAUAAAUAAGAAUUAUCAAGAAGAAAUAUAUUUUAAUUGUAUCAAUUGGUAAUCUAUUAAAAAAAGUCCGUUUUUAACUUGAACAGUUUUUCCUUUUAUCAGAUAUCCUGAUAACUAAUGGAGUGCCUUGUAAAUUAUAACGUUCCUCGUUAAUGUAAACGUUAAUUUUUCGCUUUGCAAACAGGCAUGCAUUAUUACAUCUUUCUUACUAACAUUUGCACAAUCUUCAAAUUGCCUCGAAUAACUAUGUAUGUUUAAAGUUUCAUUGUUAUUUUUUCCAUGUGAAUGAUUGAAAAACCAAAAAACGUGAUAUCUAGGUAAACAUAUCUAUUUAUGUACAACCUUAACAAUUUUUCACGUGAUUUUUGUAAAUAACUUGGAUGGUGAUUAUUAUUGCAUCACUUUAUAUACAAUAAAAUAGGCACAAAAUAGGUGGAAUUUUUCUAAAUUAAUAAAUGUAACUAAGUAUACAAAAAAUAAAUUCAGAACAAGGAUGUUUUUCCAAAAA